UCUUGACUCUGAACUCACAUACAAACAGAGACUCACAUACAUACAGAGAGAGAGAAAGAAAAAAAACAGGGAAAUGGUCAGUGUUUCUGUUUUGAUGGCUCAUCUUCAUCUCGAUCUUCAUCUUCAUGGGUAUUAUUCUCUUGACCGAUAUUGGCAACCUUUUAGUUCAAACCUUUGAUUGAUCCCUUCUCUCUUUUACGUUUUUUUUUUCUUUUCUAAAACCCAUCUGUUUUGAAAACACGAAGCUUUUGAUCAAGCUUCUUGUUUCUUUAUUCUUUGCUCUGAUCUGGGUUUUGUUCUUACUUUCCUGUUUCAUCGUCAUUUUCCCUCUUCUCGUUCAAGAUCCGAACUUGAUUGCCCAAAUGAGUCACUGAUCUUGAUUUUUUUUAAUCGAGCUAUCUAGUUUUUCGUAUCAAUGGAGGAAAAUCAUGAAUUUAGAUUUGUUUGCAAACUGUGCUACAAGAAAUACCCUAAUGGAAAGUCAUUGGGUGUGCACAUGAAGUCUCAUGUGAUGUUAGCAAGUUCAGAUGAAAAACCUGCAUACCCAAAUUCUCCCAAUAAAGAGAAGAAUCCUGGUUAUGUAUUGAGAGAGAAUCCAAAGAGAUCUUGGAGGACGGCUCCUCCAAUGGCUAAUGACCAUCAUCAUCAUCAUCAUCAUCAUGAAGACAAGUUGAUGAUUUGCAGGCAAUGUGGGAAAGGGUUUCCGUCACUUAAAGCUCUUUGUGGUCAUAUGGCCUGUCAUUCUGAUCGAGAAAGAGGAUUAAAAGAGAAUGAUUCUUCUUCUUCGAAUACUGAUCAUACCGAGUCCGAUACAGAAUCCGACUCUUCAAGGCGCCGCCAGAUGAUGAGGUAUAAUAAGGGAAAUAUUAUUGAUAACUGUUCAUCUUCUUGUUCGGAGAUGAUAGAUCAUGAACAAGAAGAACUGGCUCUGUGUUUGAUGAUGUUGUCUAGAGAGUCUGGAAAAUGGGUAAACAUUACAUCAUCGUUUGACAGUGAUUCCAACAAUACAAAGGUACCACCACCACCAAGAGGACAGGGGAUUGUUCAGUCGGUGAAUUCUGAUUCUGGGUAUUUCAUGAAUGAGACAGAGAAGGUGGAAUCGGAUGUUUCUAGUGGAGGGUUUUACAAAGUUAAGGCUUCAAUGGAGGAAGGGCCAAGCAAGAAGAAUAAGAAGAAGAAAAAGGAAGCUUCUUUAAGUGUGUAUAAAUCUCGUGGGAAGAAGAAGAAGAAAGGACAUGUGUGUCCAAUUUGUGAUAAGGUUUACAUGUCUGGUCAAGCUUUAGGUGGCCAUAAAAGAUCCCAUUUUCUUGUGAGUUCUGAAGAAAGAAACAAUCGUGGUGGAUCAUUAAGCAAGAUCAAGACGACGACUCGUCGGAACUUUUUUGAUCUUAAUUUUCCUCCACCCGCCGAGGAAUGACUGUCUGACUGACUCGAGCAACAACAACAACAAAAAACAUGUCAUUUUACUAAAAGGUUUGAUUGAUGGGUUUGUCUGAAUUCUAUUAGUUUUUGUUUAUUUUUCUAUAAGCAAUGGUGGGUGGGUACUGAUUUCUCAUGUAUCUUCUUGAAGAAUCAAUGAAUCCAAUGCUGUCUUUCU